CUGGAGGACUACGAACGAACAAGCACUAUGGUUGUGAGGCAGAUACCUACGUUACAAUUGCUGAAGCAAGUCAAUUCCGUACUAUGCAGCGAUACAAGUACUAGUUUAUUCUUUACGAAAUACAGAUAAAAGCAGGGACGCGGGACGGUAGAAGAAGAUGUCGAAGCCCGAUAGUGUCAAAGUUUGCUCAUUGAGCAGGUGGAUCAUGAUGAUAGAUAGUACCAAUUAAAAAGAAGGUGAAAACCGCUGAAGAAAAAAAGGCAAGGAUAUAUCAGUAGUAAAAAGCUGCUGAAGAGAAGAUCUAUUUUUGAUAUAAAUGCUCGUGCCUGUGCCGUAACAGCUCAUGUGACUUGUAUUGCAGCUGCUCGAUGUGUAUUUUUUCGUCUCUAGAUCGAAACGAUGAUCAAAGGCGGUUAAGUCGUUCCGGUUCUCCUCGUUACUUAUCUGACUGCGAGCAGUUGCAGAAGAUAUCGGAGCUAGCUUUCUUGAUGCAUGUAAAAACUACCUCCUGAGGUGAGUGGAGAACUCCUGCGUCCUCUCAAGCAGCCUCGUAAACGAAACCCUUUACCAACAACCCGAGUAACAGUUUUCAAACUUCUUUCGGAUUUCGCGCCGUCGCUCCGAUUAGGCGCAGCGCGUAGUAGUUACCAAAACAAAAACUUUAGAGAGCUAGAUAAAGAUAUGUAAAGAUGAUAGUAGAUGUAUCCAUAUUUAUCCGUAGUACAGACCUUGGGUAAUAUUGAUGGCAAUCGGGAUCAUCUCACAACGCAUCAACUUUAGGCGAUUUUACAAAGCAAGCAACUACCUAGUAAGUAGCACCUUGAGGUCGAGAGACCCUGAUACAUUUUUUGAAAAUUAGUUUUCUGCGUAUCUGUGUAAGCGGUAAGAUGUUGAGCAGUCAUAAUUUACAACACCACCGAGACCAGAAAGUCAUCUAGUCUUCGAGAUCCAUUAGAUCUGCUCUAUGUAGUUGCUGGUCUCACUGGACUAGAAGGUCUUCAUCUGGUCACUUUCUUUAGGACAGCGGCGCAUUCUUGUGAUGCUUUGUUCGAGAUUGAUUAAGAUUCAGCAGUACACGGUCCGUCGAUGAAUCCAAAAUCUAAGAGAAGUUUUCACAGAAAAUAAACUCGAUGGCUUUGCCUUUGCCUGCAGGGGUGCAGUGGGAGAACCAACAGGGUUGAGUGUCGCUUUCCUUUUCCUAGGAACAGGGUUGAGCGUCUCGACCUAAAAUAUUCUUCUUCACGACUGGGCAACGCAACGGAACAUAAACAAGCGGAGAAGAAUAAGUAUCCUUGUUCUCCAGUCAACAUUGUCAUCCUGUCCUACUCUUUCUGGUUUUACAGCAAAGAAGAACAUCAAAACCCGGGCAGAGAGCAAAGAGGAACAUCAAAACCCGCGCAGACGGGCGUAGCCGUCCACCUAGGGACCAGACUCGUGCAGGGAAUCGAACAUUUUUUGCCAGCUAUUAUUGUCCAUUAUCCGGGUCUUCACCGUGGUAUCGACCGACCCUCGUCGCGCAAGUUGUGCAGGUAUCAUGCAAAAAAGACUUUAACUUUAAUUUUACACAAUGUGUUAUUUGUUGCCGUCUUUGUAAAGGUCAGACUGUUUUAGCUUGUGCGCACAUGAGCCAUUCUCGUGCUACCAAGAUAUCUGCGUAUGCCAUGCGUUCCCGAAGAUAUUGGCCACAGCUGCUACACGUGGGAAGAUAGCAUUUUAUGCUGGUGGUCCAUCACCACCGCCAUCAUUCCACGCGCCAGCUCCUUUCUCUGCAUCCGCAGACCGCAGUUACAAACAUUAUGUUUAAAUUUAUGUAGAAAUGCGACACGCAACAUUGAGAUUGAUCGUAAAACCGGUCGCGGUUCGUCGCAUUGUUCGCAUUGCUCGCAAAUUAUUAGCGCCCUCCAGCAUUCAGGAUCAGGCGCGUGGCAAUAAAAUGUCGACCACAUCACCAACACCAUUGCGAUUCGCGAGCCUCCCGAUAGAGAACUGGCCCGCAGAUGCCGAGGCUUUUAUGUUGGCCAGCCUCCGACUGCAGUGAUGCUGGCCUCGCUUUCUUGAAUUGGCAGCGGCGCUGACCACCGGCCAGGACUAGGACGGUUAGGAUUAGGGGUAUCUCGCUGAACUGUGGCCCUAUUAUAGUGGGCACUCGCGGACGAAGUCGCGAGGGGUAGUCGCAGAACCUGCGACAGAUCCGCGCACUCGCAUCUCGCACGACCUCGGGCGGUCCGUGUCGCAUUGCUCGCGCUAUUGCUUGCAAAUCAUUGCCGGAGAGUCCUUACACACUUAAAUGCUUGCGCAGCUGGGCAACUACAGGAGGUGGAUUGAAGAAUCGACGCGAGCAAAAAAUUAUCGCCGCCUUGAAUGAAUGUGUGUCUGGAUGGAUUAGAUUCAGGUGAGAACAUUUAGACUGUCCGGCUUUCUUCUCGAAGUACAUUUCGACCUCCUUCGAAUGAAGGCAGCCGCCCGAUGGACAUCAUUAGUUAGGUGAGUAUUAGUAUUAUAAUUUAUACGGUGGGCAUGUUCAUGUUGGCCAAUCGUGCUCAUCCUAGUAAUGCCAAUGCGAUGCCCAGCCAGAAGUCUAUCAUGGAGAAUGAAGCUGAGACUGAUCCUGAUCGGCGCUGUAGUGCAACUCGGCCAUAAUUUCUACAUCUUAGCAAAAACUAAAACCGUUCUACUUAUUGUGUGGACUCGUGCUCGACCUCCACUAAGACGCACACCUACGUAGCUCGUUUUGUCCAGCUGCAUACCGAGUAAAGCAGAAUAUAGAAAUUAAUAUUUUAUUUCCAGAAAGCAAUACAUCAUAGGAACGAAUUUCUCGCAGCUAUCUGCCGGAGCAGGAGCACAGACACAAGCUCGAUAUAAGAAAGGGCCACGGGGGCGAGCCGGCCCUUCUUUCCAGAACCAAAACCAAUCCGAACGGCUACGAUACAGUUUUCUUCUUGAUUUUCUUCUCGAUCUGCACCAUCGAGAACGGCAAAAUAACUCAUACCGGAGCGAGCGGCUAGUGUCGGUUUCGGUCGUUAACAAGACGCUUAUCCGAGAUUAUCACUAGUAGUAGUAUCCUCUGGAAGUUGACUCCAACUGCAACUUUCAGUUUCAGAGGAGACCGCCCACUGCUGCUGACGGCUCGAGUUUGAUCAUCGGAAGCUGCCAACAUGUCAUCGGACAACCGAGGUCGGCCGGACCCAGCUGCGAUAGGAACAGCCAGCAGUAUCCACGACGAUUACAUUUAGGUGGAGGCAAGUCGAGCUUCUUGGUAUCCUGCGUGCGCGACGCUGGUUUGUCAUUGUUUUGCAUGCAGCGGAAAAGUCUGGCGCAGCGGUAGCACGCAAAUGCAAAGCCAGGAAUCGACCUCGUGUCGUCGUGUCCCGCGACGGAUUGUUAUGUACGUACACUAAUGCUACAUUAGUAUCUCUUCGUCCUAUCAAUAUAGUAAAUAAAAGUACUUGAUAUUUGUCUCAACCCGAGCCGUCCUCCACGUCCACAUAUUAUGAUGUGCAUACUUUGCAUGAGCAUGUUGCAGCUUGUUCUGCAGGUGCAGGCAUACAUUUUUAAUUUUUUUGGAGCAGUUCGUGUUCGAUUUCCAUUUCUAAAAGAUAGGACGUGCCGAAAUGUGUUGCUUUUGUUCGCUGAAAACGCUGGCGCUGCGAAGACAGAGACGCUGUUGCUUUGUAGACUUGUCUCCACCUCGUGUUUGCUGAGUAUAACGACGGCUGCCGCAGUACUUCUUUGCUUUCGUCUCUUGCUCUAGCAUCUACGACUCGAUAGCCAUAACACGACGAAGACGAGGAUCUAGUCAAUGGGCGAAGUGGAAAUGCUAUUGCGUUCAUUUGCAGUGUCGUUUUUGUCUUGCAACAAACACUAAUCUACUUUCAUCACAAAGCGAGGAAUGAUGCUGGACGCAUCAUAUUCAUAUUUUUCCGUCGUCUUCAUCAUCAACGGCGUUCCUGCUAUACGCGUAUCAAUGUCCGGUACGAGUGUCGUGCUCGUGAUCGGUUGUAAUGAAAAUUGAAAUUCACGAAUAACAAUAAACUUGAAGGUUGCCAGUGCUGCGUCGCGAAUCCUGCGGGAUCGUGAUGCUACUUCGGGUCAAAAUCAAGCUAUGCAGCUGGCGGCACGAAUUCAAGAUCUGCCGGACGCGGACCAGGGUCAGGUCAUUGCGGAGCUGCUCUCAGUGCUUCAAGAGCGCGGCAGACAAGAGAGCCAGUCGGGUGGACCUGGCGGUAUGCACUGCAAAAGCAUGAUCAUGGUCCGGUCUUGCAACAUAGUAACAGAGAUCGAUAAUGAUAAUCUUUGUCUUAAUCUUUGUACGUCCGUCAGCGUCAUGACGACUUCAACUUUCAAAAGGGCGAUAAUCUAUUUUUCAGACUUACAAGCGGUGCCUAGUUGUGUGACAUUUUUGCAAUGCAUAGGCGGUGCCCUCCAGCACCAGCAGCGAGCUCAAGCUCCAGCACCGGGGUCGUACCGGGAAGAAGUCCUCAACACCUCGGAUCAGCGCCAACGGCACCGCCGGCGGGGUGACAGUUCCCCGGUUGAGGACCCCUUUUCCUACCGUGCAGAUUUUCCGGCACGUAGUCCCGGCUGCACAAACAUCGGCGCGGGUUUAUGCUGUGCAAGCGAAGUACUAGCGUAUUUUUUUACUCGUCUUACUACAGCGACUUUCAGUAGGUGCUGGAUCGUUGUGGUGCAUCAGCGUGGUGACAAAAAGGUAGAAUACUUUUCCACCAAACUAAUAGUUUUAGUGCUGCAACAGCAACAUUAUGCUAGGCCUCUACUUUUCAUCUUUUUAGCAACUGCGUCUGUGACUACAUGCACCAAGAGGCAUGUAACUCGAGGACGGUGGUAUUAGAAAUUUCGUGGCACCAUGAUGCCGCUUUUUUUCGUCCUGCCGCGUGUCGUCGCAGUCGAAGGGGUGAAGUAGAUGCACGUGUUUGCAGGGAAUGCGUAGAUGCAAGAUCCUGGCCGCUGGGCUACUUCGGCGCCCCGAAAUUACGAAUCAGGCCCAAUGUUUUGGCCUUCGCUUUGCCUCCUUUGUAUAGCAAAUUCGCGCGGCCCUUUCUGAGCGUGUCGCAUAGCUGCCGAGCCUAUCCCGAGAGCGGCCCUGUUUGGGAAGCGCGAUUUUUUUUCCUGUUGCGGGGGCUUGUCGGUACUUUACGGCCACGCAAAACUUGGCACGGGCCAGCCGUUGGGGAACGCGCCGCCCGCCGCGGCCAGCGUGUCCUUUUGCCCCCCCUGUCUGGUGUGCUUCUGUAGUUUUUUCGUGGUGGUCGUGGACAUUGGGAAGGGGGUGGCGCAGAGGUGUUUCGACUGCAGGCAUUCUACCUGCCCAGCAUCCGGGAGCCCGCAGAGAGGCGAUGGCCUUUGGCGCCAUACGGCGCCAAGUGUUUUGCUUCUUGGGGUCGCGGGGAUCGGCAGGCCAAUCCUGCAGAAAGCAUGUCAAACAAGGGUGGGAGUUGUCUCCCCGCGGCACAAUUUUCGUACUCAGGGGCGUUUUCCAGGGGAAUGCGGCCGGGUAUGGGGCCAUCUUCCGGAGUUCAUGGCCGCCGCCUCCAUUUUCAAAAGUUCCGAUCAAAUUCCGAUCAAGGUCCUCUCAGAUGCCACUUUUUUUGCGCCGCCAAAUCCAUAGAUUCUCGUCGGGGGAGAGGCCAGGAGAAGCGACAAAAAAAGUGUCCUCUCGACAGGAUCUUGAUCGGAACUUUAUCGGAUCUUGAUCGGAACUUUUUAGGAACUUUUUUCUCGCCUCUGACGCUUUUGCCAUACCGCCGUGAUUGGAGACUUUGAACAUUGGUCGGAUCCUUGGUCGGAUCCUUUGUUCGGGGUUGCAGAAGUGGCCUUUCUACCCUUGAAACCCGGGCUGUUUCUUUGAUUUAACAAAUUCAGCGGAUUCGCUUUUGAAUCAAAAAAAAAACUCGCUUUGGGGCUAGUGCGCCGUCUUUUGUUGGACCAUUUCCGACCUGGUCUUGCCCUCGGGCUCGGGUAUAUCUGGCCCAUGGAAGCGGGAUGGACCCUGCGGACGGGGGCAUGCAAUUCCGUCCAUUGCCGGGCCCCAGAUUGUUCCGCGUCGCGCCAGGGCUUUUACAACCGCGCGACCACUCGCUCGCCCUUGUUGGGCGUGGGCAUAAGCCUGCUGCUUUGUAUAAAAUCGACCCUAAAAACCGUAAACACCCUCUCUAGCCACCACGCUAUACUCGAUUUCCCUGUCCAGAAAGUGUGCUCGCGUGCUUGCCCCAGUUUGAUUGGGGGCAAAUGGAUCAUAGCGUGCUGUCUAGGUAAGGCGUUUACGGUUUUUCUGGGAUUUGCAAUUUUUGGCCUCGAAAUGGUGCCAAAGUGAUGUCUUUUUCCUCGGAUUUCUCCACUACCCUCAAAAACCGUAAACGCCGUCUCUAGACAGCAUGCUAUGAUCCAUUUUCCCUCACCCAAACAGGUCCCCCUCCGGGGUCGAUGGUUGCGACGCCCUUCGGGGGCGGAUCUCAUCACCAAUGCCUGGGGCCCUGGGCCACCGGCCUACGGCCAUCAUUGCCCGGGAGCCCGGGCAGGGCUUGAGCAGCUCUUCCAAAGUUUGGAAGGAGGGGCGCAAUAUUAUGGCGGCGCUGCAUAGUUUUCGCAUCCCGCGCGUUAGCUGCUUCCUAACAGUUUUACUACUUCAGAGCCCCGAAAGGGCAAAGGGGAUGCCUGCGCGGCUGCAAGAUCGACGCAGUCGAAGGGGUGAAGUAGAUGCACGUGUUUGCAGGGAAUGCGUGCCCUUUUGUGGACAUAUCUACCCCGGUAGAUCAUCAUUUUCGAGGAGUGACUGGAGGGAGUAUUCCCCGUUGAUUGUUUGUAUAUGGGCUGGCAGAUCCCUAGAAGCUAAUGCCUGUGGUUGUUGGUCUUCCGCCCCUCUGAGUGGGGUCGUUGGAAGGAGCCAACGCAGACGCUGUCUGCCGUUUGUGUUUUGGGAUUUCGGUCCGAUUGUGAAGGAUUCACUUCUUUUCCUAGCACAGGGCCAGUGAGGGCCUCCCCCAGCGGGGGGAAGUUUGCGGUAGUGUCGGGCCAUUGAGGGCAAUGCCAGUGAGGGCCUCUCCCAGCGGGGGGAAGUUUGCGUUGGUAUAUAGCCAGUGAGGGCAAUGCCAGUGAGGGCCUCCCCCAGCGGGGGGAGGUUUGCGGUGUUCUAUAGCCAGUGAGGGCAAUGCCAGUGAGGGCCUCCCCCAGCGGGGGGAAGUUUGCGUUAGUAUAUAGCCAGUGAGGGCAAUGCCAGUGAGUGCCUCCCCCGGCGGGGGGGAGUUCGCUGUAUUUUUUAGCCAGUGAGGGCAAUGCCAGUGAGGGCCUCCCCCAGUUGGGGGAAGUUUGCUGUAUUUUUUUAGCCAGUGAGGGCUAUGUCAGUGAGGGCGUCCCCGCGCGCCCUAGCGGGGGGAAGUUUGCGAUAGUGAAGGGCCACUGAGGGCAUUGUCGCUGAGGACCUCCCCCAGCGGGGGGAAGUUUCCGGUAGUAGAUAGCCGGUGAGGGCAUUGCUAGCUAGUUGGGGCCUCCCCCAACGGAUGCGGGGGGGUUUUGGCGGUAGAGGAGGGCCAGCGGGGGCAAUGCAUGUGAGUGCCUUCUCCAGCGGGUAAAAUUUUGCAGCACAUGUUCCUCAGAGCAGCUACAGCACUAGCGGCAGCCUUUUUUCUCCCAAAAGGGAUGUUGACUUCUUUCAGGGUUGCUCGUGUUUUGGCAACUUAGCCGGACGAGCACGAGGGGCGUUUUCCGUGCAGGGACUUCUAGGUGGAGAGUUGUUUGUGGCGUUGGGGCGCUGGUUAUUUACAACCAGGAGCUGAUCUGCUCUGGUGCUUUCUAUUCUCAGAAGUUAAGUAGCUGCUGCUUCUUUCCGAGCUCUCCCUGGAGGUCGUGGCCCUAGAGGAUCUAGGCGGAUUUUCUCGCUGUUCGCGCCUCCAUAGAUUCACUUUCCACUUUGGGUUUGUAGGAUAGUUAGAAAGGGCGUUUGCCUUGUGGCUGGAGGGUCUGGCGGAUCACUGCCUGUUGCUUUAGUACGGCGCUUGAUGUGUCUCAGGCUUUCCGGGAAGGGUCCCAACAGGGUACGGAUCGUCAGCCUGAGGCUCGUUACCAGUUGCCACGUUGUGGGAGGUCGCGCUACAUUUCCACUGGAAACGGCCUCCCUCGUCGCAGUCGAAGGGGUGAAGUAGAUGCACGUGUUUGCAGGGAAUGCGUACCCUUUUGUGAUGAUCCUCAUCAUGAUCAACUUCAUCAUGAUGAUCAGCACAUCAUGGGAAAGCUCGUGCAUUUUACCUAGUAGAACAACGCCUAUAUAUAAUACGAUACGUUAACGUUUGCAAAAGUGCAUAGGCUUCUGGUAAAAGCAACGAGGCAUGGAUGCCGGACGAACACCGGGCUCAAGGAGGAAAGCACCAGUAUCAAUCGCAGUCUCGCAGUAUGUCAGCGUCGGACCGGACCAUUUCAUCAAACUCGAAGGCGAGUUUUUCUAUCGUCGUCCAACAGAAAGAGAUGAACUAAAUCUCUGUACUUAAGUGUAAAUUCAAUGCACAACGUCUAUCUGUACUAUCAGAAGUUCAACAUGGAGGUCGUGCAUGGAAACACAAACACGAAAAAGCAGCACCAUUUGGCAUUCGCAUGAUUCCAGUCGGCGCACCAGUAUAAUGUCUGUGACGCCUCUCUCCAGUUCUGCUUUCUUCGCCUGACGCUGCUCUCCUGUAACGUAUCGUGCCUUAUUGCGAUGGAUCGAAAAAGAACUGUUUUUGCCACGCCUUUGGGCCUGGCGCCGGAUGCGGAUCAUCAUGUUGUUACCAUUCAGUCGCUGUGUCCGCGUCGUGCUUCGUGUUGGAAUAAAAAUAUCUUGACGCAACAGACGUGCUGCUUUUCUUACGAAGAAAAAAAGGCAGCUCAUCAUGUGGUACACAUUGAUUCUUGUAGUGUGAACAAGUCCGUAAUGACGUCUGCAUACACGACGCGUACGUUGGCACCGUCAACAACAACAGGGGAGAUUCCGCCUCGACUCAGGGUCAGGGCGAGCGCGAGCAAAGCCAAAAUAUGUCUGGUGGAGGCAGAGGACCGUUUGGCGCGGCCGCCACUUAUGCUUCCCAGCAACACCUGCGAGAGGACAAGGCACGCAAGGGCGCUUAUUGCAAGGAAAAAUCCCCCCUCCCCAUAUCAAAACGAAACUUCUGAUGCUGGAUUUGUGUACACAAAUCAGCUUUGUACUGCAGAAAGGCAUUGCGGCCAGAUCCCCAGGAUAGGCAGGGGCGUACGGGUCUAGUUGUUCAGCAUGGCAAACGGCUCCCCUUAAGCCCGACAGCAUGACAAAUCACUUCCAUAAUGGGGCCGAAGCUUCUGCCCUUGCCGUCUCGCAAGACACAUGUGAUUUGUGACCUCAAAUCAGCAACGCAAAUUUUCGAAAACAUAGCUUUUCAAUAUGGGGAGGGGGAAUUUUUCAUUUUGAUAGCGCUAGACGCGGGGGAAUUGGCAGCGCGCCCGGUAGUUCGAUGGCGGAAACCACCGGCAUAUGAGAUUGCGCAACGGCCCCUCCCCCUCAACAUUUCCUUUGUCAUGCAGAAUACCAAAUCCACCCUUUGCCCCUUGGCAAGGCUUGCGUGACAGGUUUCGGAAACCGAAAGAGUACUAGAAUUGGUCGUGAAUAAUUUGUCCUAGUACAAAAGCUGCAUCUUAUUUCCCAGCGCUUGUGUUGCCGUGGAUGCCAACAUCCAAAUGAGUGGAUGAAGGGGGAGUUUUGCACUCUGAUACGGCGGUAAAUCGUACCAGAAAGGAAAAGCAAAAGGCUCGACGCACGGAUUUUCUUCCAGCCGCGGUCCACAACAUGUUGCUCCCCGAGGCGUGGCAACGGGAAACAAAGGCAGUACGGUUGGACCGCAGGACCACGCUGUGGGCGGCUACACCGCCGGGAGAGCCGACGACUCGCGGGAGUUCCGCGCUGCACGACAACGUGAUUCUCGGCCGGAUUCGACCUCGCGAUCGCACGCGGGUCCGGGAGGUGGGAGCCGGAAUAUUAACCCCAGCCCGGCGGCGGGCUCCGCAUACACGAAGGGAUCGUGGACCACCGCGUCGCGCAACGUCCGGGGCGCGUCCUCUCCGUUUGGUUCCCAGCGCCCGGUGGACCACCCCGGUUCCGCCAGCAGCGAGCAGGAGUAUGGGCGCCGCUUUGAAGCUCUGCGCCAGGAGCUCCUGUUGGAUCAUGAAGAUGAGGAGGAGCUGUCUUCUGGGCCGCCAUCCUACUCCGCCUUCCGGCAGGAGGUGGACCGCUAUGCUGAUACUUACCGCACGCAGAAGAUGAAACUGCUUCACUGUAGUACUGGACUUGUGAUGCAGCAGCAGACCCAACACAGAAGUCUUUCUAGUGGUCUUGCUACAUCACAUGACGCAGGACACUGGAUUUUAUUCAUGUGUAUUUUUUCUUACAGACGGUCUGUAAGAAAAAAAUGCGAGGUCGGUAACAGACCUCGCAUGCAUAGCAACUUUUCACUGCCACGUAGAGAAACCAUGUGAAGAUGCAAAAAAAAAAGCAUAAAGAAGAAGAGAGCUGUUGAUGUACAGUGAGCCACUUUUUUCGUACGAUGCCACAAAUAUUAACCGACAACAACAACAUGGGCAAGACCGACGUGGAGUUGCAGGACCUUCCUCGGUCGACUACGAUUCCUUUUCAAGUGCUGGAACAACUCACGCGACAUCGAGCCGCAAUAAUAUGCAGCAGGCGGGCCCAAGCUCCUCGACGUCCAUGCUGGACCAGGAGCACGAGCAGGAACAACGGCUCCGCGAGCAAUCCCGUGCCGCGGCGGCGGAGCGCGGACUAGUUGGGGAGUAUACUUAUCACAGCCGACCUUUUCCCAAUCGAGGGGCUUACUCCGAGGAAGAACAGCGAAGAAUCGCUGCGCGGCAUGACAAGAAUGCCCGAGCACAGUUGAGGGGCGCUGGCAGGAGCAACGCCUUGUACCCUGCAAGCACUUGGAAGGGCGGGAGCUACCAAGAUCCAGACGCGCGGCGCUACGGGCAGCAAAGCCAAAGCCGCAGCCGCCCCCGCCGCGACGGUCGAGGACCGGCCGGGGCAACAGGGUACUUACUUUCCGCACAGUGCUGCUUGCUUUUACCAAAUGCAAACAUAAGUAAAACUCUUCUACUAGUACUACUACUCCAGCAUCCGGCACCACGUCGUCUGCUUCGACUGAAAGAAUGUAAAAAACUCAUGUAGAAGAUUCAGAAAGGGAUUAUAUUUAUACGUGUUAUGUUACACUUACAAACUACGCUUACAAUUACAAACGCCGCGGAAUACUACGACAGCGAAGAGGAUAGUGCAAUACGCUGCACGAGAUAUGAAAGUGAAACAGCAGACUCAAAUAAUUCGCCACGGCCCACGAUUUCGAUUGACAGUCGUGACAUGAUAGAAGAGAUUACAACGAGGACUUCAAGCCGACUUCCAAAUCCGCCGACCCCAAAUAGCCAGCACUGGUGCCCGCAGGCGGGCUAUUCUAAGGGUGUCUUUAGCAACUAUCAGUGCGAUCAUGCGCAUGAACAUCAAAACCGCUACAGGGCCGCGAGUCGUGCUAGGCCGAAGGCUAUUGCAGAUGAUACACGGCGAACGGGUCGUGGUAGCGGUGACGAUACGACAUGGAACAAACUUUGAAAAUUUUCCUGGGAAUUGAUUGAAGUGCCGUACUAUGUAUCAUGCAAAAUGAGGCCGGAAGUUACAUUACUUUAUUUCUUUGCUUGGAUUUUUCAGCAAAUCCCAGAUCGGCUUGCUCCCAGCAUCCAAGAAAGAGUUUGACGCGGAUGCUACAGCCCCAUAGCAAAACAAGUACACGAGCGCCAAGAGCUGGGAUGUUGAUGACUUGCAAUGAUAGAAGGGCAAACAAUGAGCCGGAAACGUAAAUAAACGAAGCGAAUUUGACAGAAAUGCACGUAAGUUCAAUUUCAUACUAGUGAAGUUUCUCUUUCUAGCGAAGCAGAAGAAAUACGAAUCUACAGAAUUUCGAUUUCGCAGAAUGGAAAAUUUUUAUGCAUUUUCCUUUCAGAGAGGAUCAGCAGCAGCAGCAGGUGGGGGCGAGGGAUGCUAUCAGGCGGGAAAUUGUGCUUCAGCGUGCGCGCUACUCUUUGUAGUCGCUGAUGUUCGGCGUGCUGCUUCUAUCUGUAUAGCUUAAACUACCUGCUUGUCUGGACAUGGACACUGCCACAAUGACGUCGCGGCAGUUUUUAUUUUGCGGUCGUCCCAAGCCCAACAUACAGAGAAAAAAGAAAAACAGCGCCGGUUGAUACGUGAGCGGUAUGAUGUCGAUGCAGCCAAUUCAUACUUUUCUAUUGUUUUCAUGGAAAUAUGGUUUACAACCACGAGUAGCUCUUAUUUUCUUGGCGAAAAUGUAAUUUUGCCGCGGAUGACAUACACGACAAAACAAGUGGUUGAUAUUGAUUUUAUGAUUUUCAUCAUGAAAUAGACGAGUAUAGUGUUAAUUUUUUCGCCUGAGGAAGCCAUCACGGGACUGGAGGUUUUCAUUUGCAUGUAUUGUUUGUUUUGCAUGCUGUUCCCAGCACGCCAACUGUAUUAAUUUGUUGUUGAUGCGGUAGAAGCGUACUUUCCCAAGUGAUAGAUUCGACGUUAACAGCGACACAGAUUGAGCGGGCGUGUGUGCACAUAUUCGACCACUCGAGCCCGUCGGCGCAGCGUCGACUGUUUGAAUUUGUUGUUGGCCUGGUGCAAACAGGUCCGCUAGAGGAUGUACUCGCCAUGAAUCCCAGUGGACCUCUAUCAGAUUGAGAAAAUAUAACUACAACCAGCAUGCCAAGGCCAACAAGAACAUAGAUACCUACACCAAGAAGAGCUGCUGAUGCUGAACUGCAUCCAUCAAAUUGUUGUGGAAGACCAGAAACGCAGAGAAGAGUGUUAAAAAGAUUGUGUAUCCGUAGCAGAGGGAGGUAGCAUGACCUAUAGCAACAUAAAGUGACCACUUGCAUCUUCAUUGAUUGGCUCGAUUCUAUUUCCACUCUGAGUCUGACUGGAAAAAAAAUAUUGGCUCAGAUCGUAAUAUUUUCGUUGCAUACACUGGCGUGCCGGGUGUGCAGCUUAUGGGCCGCGAUGAUAUCAACUCUGCGCCUGCGGGUCGCAAGAGCAAAGAUGGGAGCAUGUACCGUCGGAGCCGGUAUAAACAAUAACUUCAAGAACCGUCACUCAGGCAUGGCUAUACUACUCCUUCUCCUCAUCUGCGGCACAUGUUUAUGGUUAUGAUUGCGUUGCUACUUACCUUCACCUUGCAAUACUUGCUGCUGCUUUGUCUACCCGAAACCGACGCAGACCACUCAUGGUCAACUUUGUUGUGUGGCCAUAUAUUAUACAGUAGCAACCUUUCGCCACCCUUCCAGAGAAAUCGCAACUUCCAAAAGAAAACAAAACAGAAACUACUCCUCCGGUUCGUAUUCAAAUGGAGUGCGUAUCCCGCGACUGCCGAAGAUGUAUGACCUAGAAAAUCAAUGAGUGAGUGGUGCAUUACGUCGAACAUCACUUCCAGCUCCAGAUGGAGAUGACAACUGGUCGUCGUGGUGGUGGUGGUGGUGGUGGUGGUGUUGAAAGAAAGUGCUACGAUAAAAACGUGGGCGAAUGACAGACCAUGACCACGGCAGUACCAAAAUAAAGAGGAUGAACGCUCCAACGUGAUAAAUACCAUCACAGUUUUUACGAAUGCAAAUAAAAGGAAAAAAUGUUUCUGCGUUAACUGCUCACUGAGACUUAGUUCCUUGCAUAAGACGACAGACUUUCCCGAAGAUGGCGCAUACCCAGGAACCAGUGUUAUGCUGCGAAACAUUCCGAACAGGUGAGCGUGAGGCGAUGUAGUUUUGAGUUCUUGUUUACUACUUUCAUCGAUCUAGUUGGUCAGUGAUGUUGGCGGCGACGAUGAAUAAUCAAACUACAUUGACUUAUAGAAUAUAGUAACAGGGAACCUCGACGUGACCGGGGGGGUCACGUCCGUCCGUCCGGCCGGACGGACGGCACGUGACCGGGGGUAGUCCGGCCUCGGGGCGAGUUCGGCGCUGAAUGCCGCAGCAACUUUGGCCCUCGGUAGCUAGAAGCCCCCGGCCGCGUCACCGACGGCGGACCAGGGGCAAGAGUCGUGCCUUUUUUUGUUUUUCCGUGAAAGACCGAACUCAUGACCUUUUUUUUUUUAGUUGGGCGCCCGAGCUAGCUAACAGCCCCCGGCCGCGUGACCGGGGGCGGAGCGUGACGAAGAGAGGCAGUUGCAGUUCUUCAGUGAAGGACCGAGCUCAUGACCUUUUUUUUUUUUUAGUUGCCCGGGCGCGCGGUCCACCGCGGCCACCACCUCCUAGCGCCACGACGGACCCCCGGUCACGUGCCGUCCGUCCGGCCGGCCGGACGGACGUGACCCCCCCGGUCACGUCUAGAUUCCUUGUUACCUUAUUCAUACCUAUUUCCAGGUUGACGCCGAAUUUGUUGCUGAAUCUCCUGUUUUCGAACAACACGGUGUACGCAAUUGCCUGGGCGGAAGGUCAUGGAUGGCCAAGGAGCUCCUGGCCGUCAUUUUUGCCCGGAGAGACAGGAAGUAAACGCUUGCUCGACCGGAAAGCGAUGGCCAGGGGACUCCUGGCCCUCACUCUUGCCCGGCCGGAAAGUGAUGGCCAAGGAGCUCGCAACCCUCACUUUUGCCCGAGUGAAAAUUGGUGGCCAAGGGGCUCCUGGCCGCGCCGUCGCUUUUGGUUGCCCGAGCGAACGGAAAUUGACGGCCAAGGGGCUCUCUGCCGUCAGUUAUGCCCGACCGACGAGCGAUGUCCAAAAGCGGCGCCCAUCCAAGGAGCUCUUCUUGGCCCCCAAUUUUGCCUGAGCGAGCGAAAAGUGAUGGCCAUGGAACUCUUGGCCAGCCAUCACUUUUGCCCGAUCGAGAAGUGAUGGCCCAGGGGAGGCUUUUGGCCAUCGCUUUGGCCCGGCCGGAAACGAUGGCCCACCCAGGAGGCGCUCUUGGCCACCACUUUGGCCCGGCCGGAGCGAAAGUGACGGCCAAGGAGCCCGUGUCCCAUGCCCGAGUAAAAAGCCGAGGAGCUUCUGGCCAUCACUUUUGCCCGAACGAAAAGCAGGGGCAAAAAGUGAUGGCCAAGGAGCUCCCGGCCAUCACUUUUGCCCGAGCGAAGGCAAAGGGAUGGCCGGGGAGCUCUUGGCCAUCACUUUUGCCAUGCCGGAAAGUGAUGCCCGAGGAGUUGAUCCCUGUUUUCGGGGGGGAAAACAGGGGCAGUCGGGCUUGUCGACGCUUUCUGUAUCAAAAUCACACUGAAGUUGAUGCGCGGCUUUGUUCUGCUGCUCGCCAGGACGUGCAGCAUAACACUCUCUCUGCCCGACGGUAUGGCGUACAGAUAACGGGAACGCGUUGAAUCUGUUACACGAAGCUUCUAGACGAGACCUUCUAAGCACAUUCGUUUAGAAUUAUUUUUCUAAGUGCCUCCUAUAGAUUAUAGCAAAGGGGGAGGCUAAGUUCGUUUCACUAUUAUUAUAAUUAUUUCCAGGUUGACGCCGAAUUUGUUGCUGAAUCUCCUGUUUUCGAACAACACGGUGUACGCAAUUCAAAACACGUAGAGAAGCCCAAGCUGUUCUAGCCCGGAGAGAUCCGUGGACGAAGGCGAAGGGCCACGCAUCAUGAUUAGGAAUGCUGUUCUUUAUAGUUUCGCUCCAGCAUUCAUGAUCUUUGAUUUAUAGCUGCAUUUGAAUCAGUCAGCUUUUAUGAUUGAUGCUAUAUCUGCGUAUGCAUGUACAACUGGAUCAACAUGAGCAGCUCUAGAGGAGUUUGCAGCAUAUUCAGAGGAAAGGGCGGCCGCUAGAGCUACUUGCUUUGCUUGUUGCAUAUGCUUCUUACGUAUGAGAGUGCGCAGCGUCCUUCUCCCCCCCCCUCAUUUCGAGGGAGUCUAUCGGUGUUCAGGAGCAGAGGCACUGGGAAAAAUGCAUCUCCUGCGGUACGAACACGAUUCCAGACCCGGACCACAGUAGUUUUACAUCAUACAUAGUGUUGCUCGGGCUUAUUUCGGCAUUUUACCGUAAGGCAAACGGAAAACUCAUGGAGAUGCAUGCUGCUUAGAGAACGCUUGUAAAAGUGUCAGGUGGUAGGGUAGGGAAGUAGAAGUUGCACUCUGUAUUGGACAUGUUGACAAAGGAACGCACGAGGACGCGUCUUAGGGCAGGGGAUAAGUAACUUUUGCACUCCCAUAUGACAGAGCCGGACUUUCACGACCUCAUCCACGGAACUUCGCUCGUCGGCUGCUGGCAGCUCGAAGACGGGUACAACCCAUUUUCUGUGCACAUCAUGGAUACUUGUAUAGAUACUUUCUGUAGAAGUAGAUGCAGAUGGUUUAUUGAACAAGCGGAUCUAUCCACCACAAGGAAGAUACGAAUCGUCCAACCAGAUGCACCGCACUCCAUCGAUACGCGGUGGCGCAAUAUAUGCUGCAUAUGCUCAAUUAUUUGUUGUAGCAAAAGGCCGUCGGCACAAGAUUCAAUGAAGGUCUUCGGGUGUCGGUGUGCUUGCAAGUGCAACAGCUUGCGGAACCAAAGGGCUUUGUUUUUAAUGAUAGUUUCUCGCGGCCUCGUGGACAACUAAAUACAAUGGAAACUACGGUGACUAGGGAACACGAACAUCAUCAAAAAACAUACAAUGGUGCACGACAUCAACAACUACAUCACAGGCCGAUCGACAGUGAUGAAAGUGAGCUGGAAAAAAUGCCUCCCACGGAGCUGGCGCCGGAAGCAGAUGACGACGAAGCUCGAGGUGUAGGUGAAGAAUUGGCUGCUUUAGCAUAUCGAAUGCAAAAAUGUUUGGGUCUGGAAACUUGUGAUGCAAGUCAGUCAAUAACAAAUGCACUGUAAUUCGCCGCCAGGCAUGACAAGUUGCUUUGUGCUUCUGUACUGCGUAUUCCGCAUGAGAAACUGCGUUUUAUUUGCAUGACAGGCGAGAGAGGCUGUUUGUGGCCACGCAAUACAGAUUUACUAAGGGCCAUGCCAGAUCAGCAUGACAAAUCUCGCAAUCUUCCAGACCCAGACACUUUUGCAUUUGAUAUAGUAGAAAGCGACCUACUGGACGUAGUGUUCGAAGACGAGGAGGAGGUGGAAGUGGAACUUAGCACGGGCAAGGACGUAUCUCACAUAGAAUUAUGACUGGCAUGCAUCAUAUUUGCGAAACAUAGUAGAACGAAGACAGAUAGGAAUAAAAUUGAAGUCACGACACGGUGUCAUGUAGAUGUGUUAUGGCCGAAAGCUGCCAAAGCAAGAAAGGAUGCAGUAAGAAAGGUUCUGGCGACAACACGCAAGAGCGACGGUGGCCGUCCCUUUGCAUUUGGGCACUCUAGUUGCAAAUGUGAUCCGCUGACGUUAUUUUUCUACCGGACAAAGGGGACAAUCAGAUUACGUCGGCACAAAGUUGGAGACGGCAAAUGCGGCAGCCUCCUCCCCCUCUACUCCGCGUCUACCGGAGGAAAAUGAUUCUCCUGCGGCCUCAUUUAUCCGAAGGGAACAAAAGUGCAGCUGCUUAAUUUUCCCGGUUUGACUUCCGGCUGUGGCUGGGCGGGAGUAGAUUAUUUGCAUUUGAUUUUAUCUAUAUGUAUAAAUAUGUAGUGAUGAUGAAUGCUGCGAAAACGUGCCAUUCAUUUCCUAGAGAUGUGCAUGACGUCGACUUUGCCGGGCGAAAGCGUGUCCUCAUGAUCACGUCUGUGACUGUGUCUGUGAACACGAUGAUGGACGCGCUUCAUCUUAAAAAUAUUGAGACAUGGUGAUGAUUGACAUACCACCUAUGUAAACCUUCUCAACUAAUCCCGUGAAGAAGGAACAAAGCGCACAGGAGCGGGACGUCGUGUGUAGUUUUUUUUUUUUUAGUACGCAUGGACGAGUAAAUUCAAAUUUAUUUGUAUAAUUUCCGAGUAUAGAAGAGCUUUGCUUUAUUUUUGCAACUGUAAAAAGAAAGUCGACAGUAACGGUAUUAUAAGCCAAGAACUGCAUUGCAUCUCAAUAUCUUCGCCAACAUCUGCAGCUGGCGGAAAAAAAAUUCUUGGAGCCUCGCCGACGGCGAAGUCGGGUUCUAAAUCACUGAAGCAAGCGCGUGAGGUAAUAUUUUUACUUGAUAGCGCCGUUGCCGUGUGAUACAGUGCGACUAGCAGUGAGUUGAUUUUGUUCGUGAUGAAGCCAACAAGUUUAGAGCGGGGUAACAAAUUCGGACGAUUUGUGGUCAUCCCACUUUUCACCCGCCCGGCCGGGUGGGUGAAAAGUGGGACAAAACCAGGAUCCUGCCCCACUAGUCGGAGAAUGCUCGUGCGCGCGCGCUGCGACACACGCAGCCGCAGAGCCCGCCGCAGCGCGUCACACGCAAGCGACAGACACACAUCACAGCGGCACGCACGCAUACGAGCGCGGCGAAGAAGCGAGCGGCACGAGAGCAGAGCUGCUUUAGGCGCGCGCGCGCAGCGGGCACGAAGCACAAGACGCGACGCGGAGCGCCGCGGAAGCGCGCGCACCGCCUCGCGCACGUGCGGCAGAGCGACACGCCCACGCGCAGAGCGCGAACCACACGAGAGCACACCGACACGAGCGCGGAGCCGGCGCGCGACGCCGCGUUCGCUCGUCGCGUGCUUCUCUCGUCGCGCUCUGCUCGUUCGCGUCGCGCCGGCUUGCUUGCGCGCGCCGCCAAGCGCACAGCAGCACGCGCGAGCGCGCCGGCUCGCUGCUACGCCGGUGCUCGCGCGCGUGCUCGCCCCUCGCGUCGUCGCCGGGCGCUCGCGCUCCUGCGCGUCGCGCGCACAUCCGCGCGAGAGCGCGCGGCAGCCGCCAGCGGCGGCGCGCGCGCCGACGCAGGCUCCUCUUCGCGCUGGCGUGCUCGCUCUCGGCGCAGCGCGCGCGCACGACGCGCGCCACGCAUGCGACGGCGCUUGCGUGCGUGCUGCUGCGUCGCCUCUGCGGCCCUUCGCGCGCGCGUCUGGCAACGCGACGCGAGCGCAGAGCCGCAGCGAGGGACAGCGGCAGAGAACGCGACAUGCCGCCUUGCGGCGCCUCGCCGGUUUUGCCGCGCUGGCGGCUGUGCAGUGCUGCGUCCAUCUUCGGCGUCGCGCUUCGCGCGUGCGUCUCUGCUCGUUCUGCGCCCGCGCGCCCGCGUCGUCGGCGCGUCGCGCUCGUGUGUGCCGCGCGCGCACGCGCAGCGCGAGGCGCACGCCCGCGCAGAGACGGCGACGCGACAGCGGCACAAGACACGGCGAGCGGCGUUGGUUCGCUCGCCUCGUCGCGGCGUUUCGCAUCGCUGCGCGGCGCGUGCGUCUUCUGCCGUGUGCGCUGUUCGCGCGCUCGUGCGCGCGCACGCGCAGCGACGCGUGCGAGCCAGCGGCACGCAGGGCGCGGCGCACAACGAGAGAAGCACGCUCGUGCGUGCCAUUCUGCGCCUUUGUGGCGCUCUCGCGCGCGCGCCGCUCGGAUUUGUUCGCUCAUGCGCCUCGUCUCGCGUCUCGCGCGCGCGACAAACCAGCGCUCGCGCUGCUGUGGCGCCACAUGUGUGUGCCGUGCGCGUGUGAGUGUCUCGCCCGUCUGCGCUCGUCGCUUCCGCCUCCCGCCUUGCGCCUCGCAGCUGCUGCCGCGCGCGCGAGGGCGCGCGCGCACCACAUCAGCGCGAAGCCGGACGAGACAGAGCACGACACGCGACACACAGCAGAGCUGUGCGCCUGCGCUCGCGUUCGUCGCGUUCGCGCUGCGCGGCGCGCGCGCAGACAGCCGCACGCGCGCACCCGCGGGACAGUUCGCGCGCUCCGCGCCGCGGGCCACAUGCAUCUGUCCCGCGGCUGCGCGCGCGCUCGCCUGCUCGCCUCCGGCGCUUGUGCUCUUCUGCGUGCGUGUGUGUCUUCGUGGCGGCGCUCGUCGCGGCUGCGCGAGCACGUGCUCUUCGCGCGUGUCUGCGAUCGUGUCGUCGCUCGCGCGCGUGCCGCUCUCGCGUGUCGCCUUCGCCUUCAUCGAUUUCUGCUGCGCGUGGCAUGCGCGCGUGCUGCUCGCGGCUGCUGCGUGGCUGCGUUUCUCGCUCGCUGUGCGUGCGCGCGCGCACGCAUCCGAGAGCGCGAGAAGCGCGCGCCCCCGCGUUGCGUGCCGCGCGCCUGUGCGCGCGCGCGACAACAGGCUGCAGCAGACGCGACGAACGGCGGCGCGCUGGUGCGUCUCGCGCUCGUGCGUCUCGCGCUCGUGUCUCGUGCUCUUGCUUCGCGUCGCGUCUUCAUGUUUCCGCUUCGCGCGUCUCGCGUCUCGGCGCGCGACGAGAGAGAGUGCGCGCGAAGGAGGCGCGGCGAGAGAGCAACAGCAGCAAGAGCGACCGACGCGGCCGUCGUCUGGCGUCUCGCUCCGCCCCUCUCUCUUCUCGUUGCUGCCUCUCGCUGCUUGCAUGCUGUUCGUCUCGCGCGCGUGUGCGUGCGCUGCGCGUCUUGCAUCGCGCGAGCCGCAACGCAGCGCAACACGAGCGCACGCGCACGAGCGACGCGCAGACGCGACGAGCUUGCUUGUCUGCUGUGUUGUGCCGCUUUGCGCGUGCGUUCGCGUGUGCGUCGCGGCGUGGCGAGCGCGAGAGCACGCGACAGAGCCGGCUGCGACGUCGUGUCGCGCGCCGCGUGCGCUCGGCUGUGCGCGCGUCGCCGCGACGCGAGCGAGCAGAGAGGGAGCACGAGCGCAGAUCCGACCAGUGAGAGGACAGGAUCCUGGUUUUGUCCCACUUUUCACCCACCCGGCCGGGCGGGUGAAAAGUGGGAUGACCACAAAUCGUCCGAAUUUGUUACCCCGCUCUUAUUCAAUAUUCCUCCAGCUGGGAUGAAGAUCGAAGAAAUUCAUUUCUUUGAUAUCAACAAUACGACUGCAGCCCGCUAAAGGGCAGCACACUCCUGCCAACAUCAUUAUCAACAACUCCAGAUGAGUGCCUCUCCGUCCCCCACGAGCUUGAAGAUGCCCGCUUCGGUGACCAAAAGUAGUAAUACGAGCUCCAACAUCUCUUCAAUCCCGCAGCAGAAUGCCCCGGAGGAGGCCAACACCAACAGCAGCAGUAGUAAAAGUCAAUCGCAGUCAAACUCGAAGUCGUCCUCCUCUUCUUGGGAGGAGACGCCGAAUCCGAAGACCCGAGCCGACUACGAACACCUGCGGGCGCUACAUGAAAUGGAACGAAAAAAGUUCAGUUAUGGUGUUCUCAAACGUUACUGUUAUAUUCUCAACUGUUACAUGAAAUUUGUAAUGCACGAAUAGCAAUAAAAGUGAAAGGGAAAAGGUUGCGCCUUUUGCAUUACAGGUUUGAAGCAGAGUAUGAUGCUAUUUGGCGCGUCGAAAACUUGUCAUGCGAAGCAGCUUGGUCAUCUAGAUGCUGGUGCCAAUUUUGCAUGACAAAUUCAUGUAACAGUUGAGAAUGUAACGUUUGAGAGUCCCAUAUCAGUUGGGACCAAUUCAAGGAAUCCUCGCGCGUCGACCCUGCAUUUUUUGACCUGCGGAAGCCGGACCAGCCGUCAACAUCCCCCACAAGCUCGUCCUCUGCGGUGGAGCAAGGUAAGGAAAACGAUAACAAGUCAACAUAUUUUUAUACAGAGUUUGAGUUGAUGUCAUUGUGUAGUACUCGUCGUGAGGUGACUUGCACGAAGACGGAGAAAACGUUGUAUUUGACCUGCAACGGCCUCGACCUAGUUUUAGUUGUGAGUAGAUGCAUUUCAUUAUAAGACGAAAAAAGUGCUGACGAGUCAUGGUAUGCUAGAAUGAUCUUCGCUGUCGCAGUCGCAGUCGUGGUAAUAUUGGUGCUUGACAAGAACUUGCGUUGUACUUACUUUUGAAUCUGGGCAUUGACAUUUCCUAGCACUAAGUGAUGCUGUAGUUGGCACCGUCGUGAAAAAGAAAAUGCGUGGUUAUUUGACAGGUGAUGAGACCAGCAGUACACACGUCCUGAUUGGACCCUGGUCGAAGAACGGGAGUAUCAUUAUUAUGUAAAGGAAUUCCGGAGGCAGUUCAAAGUAGAAGCAGGGACGUUCAUCAUACAUUUCCGGGAUGACAGGUUAGUGCCUGCAAAUUAUUAUUUUUAUGUGCGACAUGUUGAUUUCCUAUUCGUAUUUCUUCGGAAAAAAUGAAUCUAUUUUUUCGAAGUAUUGCUACAAGGUGUUGAUGAUGUGUUUCAUCCCAAUGGUGCCAAUUUUUGGCGCAUUUGGACUACUUGUAGAGAUUGCCAUGGCGUGUGAAGAUGCAGGUAAAAUGGAAAAGAUAUCAUGAAUAAGUUUCACGAACAAAGUCAGCAUGACAAUUUAUUUUGAAUUAUUGCGCAAAAGCAAACUAAGAGGUAUUUCGUAUCGAUCAGUCUUUUGCGCUGCCUCUGGGUUGUUUUGCCAGGACAGCGAUGGCAACGUCGGAAGUAUUAGAUCCCGUGGUUGCUCAGUUCGUUGAUUUUAUGGACCUCCCACAAAACAUCCGCGGAGUGAACCUCGGUUACGCGUUCCUGCAUUUCCGGUCCAGAAAGAUCGCCCGGAAAUUUGUCGAGUUGAUGAACGUAUUAAAUGCAAACAUGUCUGGGCCUGCGUUCGCUAGAAGCCACGCUUUUCUGUCAUGCAGAAUCGCAGUUUGUUUUUGUCUUUUUCAUGCAGAUUGAUUAGGCAGCAUGACCUAGCUACACUUAGCAGCUCAAAAACUUGUCAGCAAUCAGGAGGUGUCCCUGUGAUUCGCCAAACAGCAUAUAAAUGUUAAUAAGAAAUUUCCAGACCCAUAGACAUUUGCACUUGAUAAAACGGAGUGCGAUGUCCCGGGAAGAGCGAGAAGACGUUCGAGCUUGUCAUCACCACCGCACGCCACAUUCCUUAUAUGGACGGGAUGCUGAUGCAAAAUUUGAAGCCCACCCGCACUAUGUUUUGGUUUGACGAGGAAUCCAUGCCCACGAUUCUCACCGCGGCCAAAUUUGCUCUCCAUAAGCAGGUGUAGCGACAGAGCGUAUAAAAUGUUGCGAAGAUACGAUGUGGAUGUUGAGCGACACUUUACUUCUUGUUUUUAAUACUUAAUUCUGUCCUUCUUGCGGCCACUGUUAGAGCAAGAUGGAAGAAAAAGCCCACCGCACUUCUCUUCGGGCAUGUGCAAGGAGGAUCGCUCUGAUGAAGCGUAUGUAGAAUCGCACAGCCCGCUCAGCGCGGCACUUUGUGCUGCAGUCGCUCAAAACUGUUUGGAGCAAGAGCAUCCGUGGAGAUUGUACAUGAAGUAACUAAGUAUGCUGGAUGUUGGUGAUGAAGAAGUUCCAAUUGAUGUAGCUUUGCGCGUACAGGUUACCGCGGCGGCCAUCAUCAAUGGGGCACGCUUCAAGCUGCUCACAAGCGCGGGGCUUACCGUCAGACCCUGCGCCCUAUGCGGCAGCAAAGACAACAGCCCGGGCCACCUACUCGCGUGCAUGCAGACCCGCUCCUGGGCGGAACUGCGUAGCCCGGCCGUGUCCGCCUCCUGGGUCGACCUACUCCUGCAGGAGGAAGCGGCGCAGGCCUGGCUCCGGCGGCCGCCGCCUGAAGAAGCCGCGCAAACCGGGCCCCAGUAGGGACCCCGCCCGGCCCGCCGACCGGCACGCGACCCUCCGCUGCCCGUCGGCCACAGAAAGACUCCCUCUUCCGAACGUGGAAGGGCCGUGGGGUGCACUCCGGUAACGUACUCCGCCCCACGGCCGGCGCGGAUGAUCGGCACCUGCGUCCGCAUCCGCCCCGACAACCCGCCGGUGCAUGGCACUGACCACGGCGGAAGGGCCAUGAGGUGUACUCCGGUAACGCGUGACCGUACUCCGCUAACCGCCUCAUGGCCCCGGGAGCAUCGAGGCGCACAACCUGCACCCCGGCCACGGCGCGACCGCCUCGCACGCGCGAGGCACUGCCGGCACGCCGACACCUCGUGGCGCCCCCAAGAGAAGAAUUGAGGGGCAGACCACUACAGCCGGGUCCGGGCCGCAGCGCGGGACCACAAAGGACCACCGCGGCAGGAUCCGUACUCUUUUAGCAGUCGGCGGAGUACUGCGCAGACGCGCGAAAUAGAGGUUACCAGGGAAGCAGAAGCUUGGCCUCCACGCGCACAAAGCAGCGCCCCCUCGUGUCCCCCGUGUUCCGACUACACUAACGCCAAUUGAUGUAGCUUCGCUCGGCGAAGAGAAACAGUGGCUGCGUCAUGUUUCUAACAGGUGGUAGCAUGUAUGUGUACAUUCAGCUCCUGCGAAGUACUCUUCGCGCAGUUCUACUAUCAGAAGAAUCCUAUUAAAGUUGCAUGGAUAUGUGUUCAUGGAGAACAACAUACUUCGGCCCGGAGCAAUUUAUUCUUCAUGAUCCAGGAGUUUCACAUUCUUGGCGUAUGGUAUCUUUCAAAAAAAAUAAAAAACAGCAACAAACUGGAGCGGCGCAUGGAAGGAUAUGAAUCUUGGAUACUUGUGGCUUUGGAUGCAUGCGGCCAGAGCAGUGGAACAGUUUAGCGUGCCCUUUGUCUUACUAGCAGCUGCCGCAUUUUUCGGCGAUUCAUUUUACAACAGUUUGAACGAAAGAAAAGGCGGGAAGAACUCUCGUCAAACCAGACUACCUACUACGUCUCCGGCGCUGAUUUCUGUCAUGGAUGGUGCCAGUGAUUAUGAAUAGCGCCAAAAGUAGAUGAAACAACAACAAGUAAUUAAACAUGAAGAAAAACACAGCCUUCCGCACUUGACGGCGAUACAUCCCGCGAUCAGUGCCUAGCCACACACGAUAAGCGAACGACAACGACUGCUCCCGGUAGUGUUUUAUCUGUGGGUCAGCUCCUGGCACGAUGCGACCUGAAGGGACUGAUGGGAGCUACCAUCGGCCGCAGCUACAACAAGUCCACAGUAUUGAAAGAUGCAUAGCAAAACCGUCGCGCACAAUAUUCGGCGGCGUCGAAUGUCGGCGGGGCGAACAACUCCUGGCGCUGAAAUGUAUCGUGAAAGACAUGCACCACCGCUAUCAGAUUCAGAUGUAGUUACCCGAAGAACCCGAAGUGAGCAGUACCAGUAGCAUUUCAUACAUGGAGCUGCGUGCAGCAUCUUUCGCUUUCUUUGUAUUGCAUGCAUUUUUGAUUUUGUGUUUCUGCUUUGCUCCCACUUCCUCGGAGCGGGGUAACAAAAUAAAAAAAGAGGUCCUCGGGGGACCUCUUGUCCCCCCGGCAGGACGGACAAGAGGUCCCCCCCUUCUGUUGCCAGAGCCGCGGCCGGCUCGCAGAGUUCGCCCCCGUGUCGCCGCGCCGGCUAUUUCGGGUCAAACGCUGGGGACCUCUUGUCCUGUAUACCAAAUACAUAGCCGAUUUCUCUGCGAAACGGGGGGGCAAGAGGUCCCCUCCCGUUUCGCCCGAAAUAUCCGACGCGGCGACACGACGGGGGGGGAACUCUGCGUGGCGGACGCUCCGGCAGCAAAACGGGGGGACCUCUUGUCCGCCCAGCCGGGGGGACAAGAGGUCCCCCGAGGACCUCUUUUUUAAUUUUGUUACCCCGCUCUCGCUUUCUCCUUCAACCUCUGAAGUUGGAGCAUUGCGGCGCCGAGAUGACCUGAAGCGAUUUUAUGUUGUGCGGCCGUGAAUUUUGUUUGAACGUGACACGCUGGUAAAUAUGUUGGUUGUCUUUCCCAUGCGAAAUCUCCAUGAUAGAACUGAAUCUGGUAACGAGGAUGCUAGCCUUUUCUUGAUGGCGCGCCGCAGGCUGCGACUUUCUACUCCCUGGAUUUCAUCUAUUCCAGCAUUUGUCAAUACUUACAGCUCUCAUUUGCCCGUACAUUUUUUUUCGUACAUUUCCCCAUCUACUUUUUUCAUAAUAUUACCUGGCGCCUCAGUAGAGUUCGUCAUGGUUUGAACGAAUCAAGUAGAGUCUUCGUAGUGACGGUAUUUCACCCGAUUGGUAAAUCUUCAGGAUAUCCCUCCUCCAUUUUCACAUAGCAAUUUAUGAUCUUUGUCAAUGGAUUUAGACUAUCGCUUUUGCUCCAGCACUCUCUCGAUUUCUUUGUUGGGCUCCGUUUUCCUAUUUUGGUUUACUACUCUGAGACGUGAGCGAUUGACUCUUGGUUUUAUUUCUAAUUUAUUUUUAUUAUUUAUUAUUAUUUUUAUUUGAUAGCUGUCCUUUUUGCUUCUAUAAAUACGCACAACCAGCAGGGCUAGUCUUUGGCAACAUUUUCCAAGCCGAGACUCGAGCCCUACAACAUGUUGCCCUGAUGUGGCUCGCUUUGCAGCUGCGCUUGGCUGUAAAUAGACCUCAAAUUAUCUCGCCCAGAAACCCCUUAGUUCCUUCACUGGAGUGGACCACUGAAAACAACGAGGCUACACGCAAAGAAAAAAGCGAAAGUCGCAGGCGCCGCGCGUGCCGUAAUGUCGUUCACAGCGUAGAAGCAGUCCUCUAGUAGCAGUACAACUAAUUCGGCCUUUAAGUAGGCAACAAAACGCAAAAAUUAAAAUGACACCUCGAUGCGCGGCUUGGGGUUCGUUACUCAACCUUCAUGCAGUGACAGCUCGAAUAAAGAAAAGUUCCAGAUUGAUGACGACAGCCGCGACGCCGAUGCCUUUACCUUAUCCCUUAUACCUACCUCUAUUUAGAGUUUGAUUCUUUUUAGUUAUAUCAGCGCUUGCUCCUACUUCAGCUUCACCUGCACCAGAAGCAAAACGAAUUCAGCUCCUGCAGCCCGAAGGCGGACGAUCGGGAUUUGCCACCGCGCAUAUAGCUUUGGUUUUACUGCAAUGUAGAGCAAGGAGUUUGACUCAUUUUCUUGCUCCUUGUUCUCAUCAGCGGUUUCUCAUAGAAAAAGGAUGACAAGAUAAAGAACAAGCACUUCAUGCACUACGUCAACCGCGUCAUCCAUUUACUUUCUUCGAUAUACAGAUACACCCCCUGCCUCCAGCUAGCCGCUUGCGGCUAAUUGGGAGAAUGGAGCGAAGAUGUUGCCAUGACCUGCUGCACAAGUAGCAGAGGUUGUGCCACCUCAUGUUCCCCUUGGUAUACAAAUACACAAUGGAACACGCCCGGUAGUAGGUACUCCGUCCUUGUAUUUUUACAAACAAGCAGCCCGCAAACAAGCAGCUGCAGUUAUUUUGAUUUCUCCUGUGAUUCGGCCAUCGGCCGGGUCAAAUUGAGAUUGAGAAAUAAACCUGGCAGGAAAUCCUCGAAAUAAUUCGUCAUGCCCUCAGCUCUGAAAUACAUCAAGCCUGCGACCCAUAGAAGAGAAUAGAAAAUGAUUAUCAUAUGAAUCAUCUCGAAUAAAAAAAAAUCGCACAUCUUGAUAUUACAAAUGGAAGUCUAUCUCUCCCUGUUUAUGUUUGUCGGAUUUUUGAGGAAGUUUUAAUUCAUGUGUGAGCAGCGUAGAAAUCGUGACCAAAGCUACUACUUGUUGCGAAUAGCAGAAGGCAAAGCUUUUGCAAAUUUCCGCGCUGUUGUUAUGCUUAUGCAAGAUUGGCAAAUAAGUAUAAGUGGCCAAAUUCUCACAGGCGGCUUCAGUCGAUACUUUUGCGAUUUUCAUUUUCUACUUAUUUAAAAUUGAAUUGAAAAUCUUACUAGUACGUAGUACACGACUACAGUGAUUCGAUAUGUCGUGGAGUGUGUUUUUGUCUUCAGCGAUGAUAAUUUGAGCAGUAUGCGCAAGUCGGAUUCAAGUCGAGCUCUUGCAGCUUCUUGUGACUACCUGCGGAAGAUGGUGCAGCUCCUUGAAGAUGCUCGACGAGGCAUCUGUCUGAUAGGAGCUGCGUCAGAAUUCGUCGGUAAAUUAUACCUGCAGUAGACCACGUGGCCCUUCCUGAGGUGCUGCUCGAUCGUUCGCUUUGUUAGUUAUAAGAUUUUUUUUUAUUGCUUUCCUGAGGGAAAAGCAAAAAAAUAAGAAUUGUGUUUCAAUUAUUCUGUUGCUCAGGAAGGCGAAGGAAGAUAAACAUAAAAAAAGUCGAUUAGGUAAGUGUUGGAGCACACGACCACGAUUUUCUCUCCACACGACAAGAAAAAACGUGAUCGAGGUCGUGGAUAAGACACGAGAAAGCAUCUACUAUGGCAUAUUGUUAUUCUUGAUGACCACAGAAACCGCUAGCAGCAUCAUGGCUGGGUUUUCUGUACGAGGAGCACAGUAGAGAACAUGAACAGCUGCAAGACGAGAGAGACAUACGGAGCUGCCCGCGUCAAGAACGAUAGGUGGAUAGGAUUAUGAUCUGGCCCAGCGAUUAUUGUAUAAGUGCUCAAGUUCGGAGUUAUUCGCCCUUGUCGGUAUUUUCACAUUGUAAUGCGUUGAUGCUCGGGGCAUAAUUAACGUUAAGCACUCUGAGCUAAUUCUACAAAGCAAUAUAUGAUGAACAGAUAGGGGCUUGGUGCUUCUGUGCGGUCGGGCAGAUGAGAAUUCCUACUCUUUCGACCGUUGUCGGGUAACAAGUGUGCGUUAGCAGGUGGGCAAAAAAUAGCAGCACCUGUCAUUGUAGUUCGAGUUUCUAUCUCUUCGUCCUUCUCCUUCUUGUCGCGUGUGACGCAGGUCCUAGCGCUGCUGGCUCACCCACAGCUUCUUCUCGAAAGUUGUGCACAUUAUAAAUGCGCCGACAGAUGAUGAAACGGUCCGAGCAUAAUUCUUAUACUUAUUUUACUGUUUUUUUUUCUGACGAUGAUUAAUAUUGCAAAAGGGAAAAGGCGUGGGGGGCUGCCGCUGCAUUUAAGUAAGUAUUUAAACAACUUACAAGGAGCUUAAUGCUGCCCUACCUCCACCGCGCGAGCGCGCUGCCUGCCCUUGUGAGACUCAUCACAGGCUCCCAGUGCCGCGCCCGUGGUCUUCAAUACGUCUAUCCAUACAAAUAAGCUCAUGAAGUGCUUAUUUGUUUAUCGAUAAUUAUCUUCGUAGUUCGCAUUUUUCAAUUUUUCUUUUAUUUUUCUCCGCACGAUAAAGAAACCGGCCUUCCUCGUAUUCCUUUCCGUCGCGCAAUGAUGCAACCCCACAAGUGGAAGAGAGCGGAGCAAAACUCGUCCCGUUUUUACCAUUCGGCAGGGGAGCAAUAAAAAAAUAUGAAGACAUUAUGACGAUGCUGACGGGUCACUAACACUAUGCACCUGGGACCGGGAAUAAAGCAUCAGUUUAGCUGCUUGCCCCGUACAACCAGUGCAGCGCGCUCCUCGUUUUAGUUCCAUUGCCUUUCAUUCUGCUCUUCGUAUAGGAUGAAUAAUCUAGAUUUAUACAACUUGUUGAGCCCGCUAUCGUCUUUUUCUUUUUGUUUUUUGCGUAUUGGUAUUUGUUAGCGACGCGCUGUUUCAUCGUUGUCAGGGCCGGGCUUUGCAUCAAGUUCGCGGUCUGAUUCUGAAUGUCGAUGUCCACCAUCAAAUAAAUUACGGGCGAUUAUAGGAGAUCUCUGCUUCCAAGGAGCAGCAGAAUCCGAACACGCAGCACAAAGCUAUUAUUUCUCGUGCAUUUUUUGAGAAUCAGCGAGCAGAUUAAAAGAAAAAGACAUAGAUCGAUAUGCAAAUGCAUUUUCCUUGCGGAGCCAAAAAAUAAUUCGUGCGACGGCUACUAGUACUAACUCCUUCUUGACAUAAUUUAUACCGCUGGCCCAGGAGGAUGGGAUUUUCGCGAAGGGGCCUGGACGGAACAGACGUAAUUUAUGACGAACAAUAAAUGCCUUGCCUUCUAUAUUUGGCGCCGCAGCCCUGUAGAGUAAACCUGAAGUACUUUUUUCGGCUUACUUCCUUUGCUGUUGAUGUAUUUUCAGUCCGUCUGGUGCUCAUAUCGAAGGAUGGCCAUGCUGAUGGUCAUGGUCUUCUGCUACCUGAUUUGAUCGCCAAAUGAUAUAUAGAUGCAGUUUGAUCGUUGGGCACUACAACUGGGCUGUGUCAACUAUCCUCGUCCGUGGAAUUUUAUGCCCCUGCCCGUCUCUCUUUGUCUUUGCAUGUGACGCAAGCAUCGAACGUGUUGUUGUCGUCUGCCUGGUGCUAUGUAUGAUGGAACGCUGUCUCUAUCUCGAACUCGAUUUGAUUUUUUCCCGAGGGGAAACAGCUUGUUGACUCUGGUUCCAUAUGAAAACAGUCGGAGAUGUUUCGUGUUCCUGCUUGACAACGUACGCAAACCAAGCACGUGGCAACCCGCAUCGUACCCAUACCCAUACGACGACCGCAUGCGUGUCGUGCAGAUGCUUGCUAAGUUGUAUGUAGUGAGGUCACCGAAUAUGCAGGCUGGGGCAUAAUUUUUACUCGUGAUAGGAACAGGAAGACAACUGAUGUAGUUGUUUUUUGAUUGCUGGAAAGCCAAGGUAGAGAUGAAGGCUGGUAGAUUGGCGUCUGAGGAGAAGAAGAAGGUUUUGAGCUAGCCGAUUGAAAUGCGUGCCUUGCCGGUUCCCAUAUUGAUUUUGUAGUUUUGCGUCGGUCAUGAAGAUGGAAUAAACGUCAGCAAUUUAUUAAGAUUGCAUCAUCGCGGGUUGGAGAUGUUUUUAUGUCGAGUGUCAAACUAAAAUGCGCUCUUGGCGCAAACAGAAUUCCCAUUGGCUAUAUUUUCAACAUAGUUUGCGAAUGCUGAAAAUAAAAGCAGAAUGAUUGAUGACAACUAUCAAAAAUGGGGACUGGCGGGUACAUUUUUCCACACCAUAGCUUACUAAGUAGUCUUAUACCGUCUCAUUUCAUAUUUUUUUCCGUGAUCGCGGAAUAGACUAGCGCUUCGCCUCUCUGUAUCAGAGGGAAAAAUCUUAACACGCCCCCUCAUGCCCGUCAAAGGAAAUUUCUUUUGUCAGGUUCGCAUACUUGAUGAUCGCAAAUUUUGCAGCAAAAAAAACAAGGCUAGUUUUUGUUUUAGGGAGCACGGCCGAGAAACUGCUCCUGGGGUAGCUGCUUAUUCGCAGACCAUUUGCAUUUGUCAUGGUGCUACUUCUACCUUGUCGCAUUUCUCUCUCCAGUCUGGGCAGCACAAACGCAAAUCUAUCCCUCGGCUGGGCCAUCUCUUUGUCUUGCCAUCAUGAUGGCGAAGCCGAUGCUGGGGAUGGCAAUGCCAAAGUGCUGGUCUGGUUUCUCCUUCUGGCCAAGACCUAAGUAAAGACAUAGCAAUGUGGGUGCAAAAGCCUCUUUUUCAUACUCAUACAAAAAUGGAAAUUUCCUUUGCUUCCUGGGGAGUGGGCCGCGUUUUUUCACAUGGAUACUCCUUGGUGUCUCUUCAACAUCGAAACUUACAACUGCGAGCAAGUCGGCUGUUCAAAAAUAUAAAACUUUGACUUUCUGUAUUUUCUUAUUGAGUUUUAAUCAAACAAGAAGUAGAGCGAGAAUCUGAAUCUGAAUCAUAAAGGGCUGUUUUUAUGAU